UUUCCCCCCUGCACCAUGAACACCAAUGUCUGCGUGGAGCCCGGGCCGAGCCCGGAGGCCCCGGGCUUGCCCAAGGAAAGCCACCUGCCCGAGGGGGCCCUGAACAGCCUUGUGGAUUACAACUCGGAGAUGGAGCGCUACCGCUCGUUUGCCACCUCCUUCUACAAGACCAACGGGGGCGCCUUCCCGCAGGCAGCCAAGAUCGCGCGCAUCACCACCCCCAUCUUCCCCAGCAGCGCCGCCGCUGCUGCGGCCGCCGCGCGCAUCGGCAUGUCCCCCUGGAACUGCGACAACGCGGCCACCGCCGCCGCCACCGCCAUGCUCUGGGGCAGCGGCGGAGGCGGGGGCGGCGGCGGAGGUGGCGGCGGGGGCGGCGGCGGGGGAGGCGGGGGCAGCAGGAAAUCCUCCUCUGCCGCCGCCUCCUCCUCCACCUCCUCCUCGGCUAUCCUCCCCGCCGGCGGUGGCGGUGGCGGCGGCGGCGGUGGCGGCGGCGGAGGCGGCGGCGGCGGCGGUGGCGGCGGCGGCGGCGGCAGGACCAGCAUGCACCACCGAAACGACUCCCAGAGGCUGGGGAAAGCUGGCUGCCCGCCAGAGCCGUCGUUGCAAAUGGCAAAUACUAAUUUCCUCUCCACCUUAUCCCCUGAACACUGCAGACCUUUGGCAGGGGAAUGCAUGAACAAGCUCAAAUGCGGCGCUGCUGAAGCAGAGAUAAUGAAUCUCCCCGAGCGCGUGGGGACUUUUUCCGCUAUCCCGGCUUUAGGGGGCAUCUCAUUACCUCCAGGGGUCAUCGUCAUGACAGCCCUUCACUCCCCCGCAGCAGCCUCAGCAGCCGUCACAGACAGUGCGUUUCAAAUUGCCAAUCUGGCAGACUGCCCGCAGAAUCAUUCCUCCUCCUCCUCGUCCUCCUCAGGGGGAGCUGGCGGAGCCAACCCGGCCAAGAAGAAGAGGAAAAGGUGUGGGGUCUGUGUGCCCUGCAAAAGGCUCAUCAACUGUGGCGUCUGCAGCAGUUGCAGGAACCGCAAAACGGGACACCAGAUCUGCAAAUUUAGAAAAUGUGAAGAGCUAAAGAAAAAACCUGGCACUUCGCUAGAGAGAACACCUGUUCCCAGCGCUGAAGCAUUCCGAUGGUUCUUUUAAAGCAGUAGUAUAUCUUAUUUUCAAGGCAUUUGGAAGUGAAGGGCAAACUAAUGUCUUGUUUUAAGAAACUGCUUAGUCCACCACUGAAGAAAAUAUCCAGAUACUAUUUUCAUUUUAUGUAUAGGGGUUUCUUCACAAAAAAAAGGAAAAGAAAAGAAAAGAAAAAAGACAUAUAAAAGUAAUCUGGGAGCUUGGGGAAUUGGCCAGUCUAUUUACUUUCAAUACACUGAUUCUUUGAUGUAAUUUAGCUAUACUAGUGAAGUUGUUGUCUAUUUUGAAAGUGGCUGUAAAAAAUAAGUUUGGGUAAACCCCUGCUGUAAAAUCCUGUAUCUUUGCAAAGUACAUAUCUAUACUUCAUUUUCAAAUAUAUGUGUUUCGGUACUGUAAACUGUACAGAUAGCAGCUUGUAUUUUGUGUGUUUAGACACAAGGAGACAAUCACGUCUGAGCAUCUAUGGAGAGUAACAGUUUGUACACAACAGUAUGGUUCUGCGAGUUAAAUCUGGAGCAAUAAAUUUUAGCUUUAAAUAUUUUUUGCCAGUUGUUUCUAGAAGCAGCAACAGCAGUGGCACAUUUUGCCACGCAUCUUUCCGUAGAGACUUGACACCAAGUUUUACAAAAAGAAAAGAUUAUGAUGCAUCCAGCAAUUACCUGCAGUUGUAUUGUUAUAGGAGGGGAAGAUGUGAUGAGAGUUUCAAUUAAUCUUUUGAGCACUAUAUUAGAGUAGUGGUUAUGCACUUGCAUUGCUUACAAACGAGUUGUACAGAAGGGUAUACCUCCCAAAUACUUAGUGUAGUUGACUUGUCUUGGGUUGCACUGUAAGGCGGAGUACUCUGAGUAGGUGGAACAUGCAGAAUCAGUUGUAUAAUUUUUAAAACUGUUUUCUAGGAUACAGAAUAAAAAAUAUUUCUUAGGGGGAGAAAUCCAUGACUGAGUUUUUUUUUAACCAGCCUAGCAAGGGCUGUAUGUAUUUUUUGUUUGUUUAUUUUUGCUUCUUUUUUUGUAGGAAAAGAAAACAAUAAAAUGUAUCCAAGUGUUUUAAUUCCAUGUAUGAUAUUAAAUGGGUAGUUUUGUUUUAAAAUUUGAACACGGCAAGGCUUCUGCAUUGAGGCAUGGCUAGGUAUAUUUUUAAGUAAAAAAAUUACAUACAUUCUGAAAAGUGAGGCUUUUCAAGUCUUUCGUUAUUUCCUUUUCUCAUAGCCUCCCACUUGGACCAGUGGCCUUCCCCUAGGCCUUCAGGGGAAUGUUCCUGUUGCUCCCUUUCCCAUUCUUGUCACUGAGUGAUGCUGGCAUGCCUGAGAAGUCUGGACCCUAGUCUGUGGAAUUCCGUAAAUGCAAACAGCAUCCAAACACAAACGGGUAAUGCUUUGUAGGGCCUGGGCUACCUUUUCAUGUAGGAUUGGGUUUUCUUAUGGGAGUCUGGGCUCCUAUGGCUGUCCCAGUAGGACAAAUAGUAUUUGUGAUGGCAUGAUGCCUCAGAAGUUUAUUUCUUUUCAUUUGGUCAAAUGAUAGAGACGUUUCAGCCUUAGCAAUGAAACAGAGUUUAGCAAAAACACAUAGAGUAUCAAAGUUGCCAUGUCAACUGUCAUUUUUUUGUUCUUCAUCCACUAGCCAGUUAUUUUAGCCUAUGGCAUCCAUUAGCCUUUUAAAAAAUUUUAGCAAAAUGGAUCAUACGAAGGAAAAGAACUUGAGAAGAAAAAGGGUGAUGGGAAGGACUGCAAAACUUUAGAAAGACUAGCAGAUAAGUAACUUGAAAAGGCUAGUUGUAGUUUUGAAUGGGUAGUAAUAUGACAGAUUUUUUAACAUGUGGAAGGAGCCUUCUUCAUAAGGAUUCCGGGGGGAGGUGUGGAUAAGGUGCUAACAAGUGCCAAUGUGGAAAACAAGUGCACUUUGACUUGCCUAGAACAUGAGUGCAAGGUCUACAGUUACGGUCCAGUCACCUUUUUAGGACAAUUCCUGAACACCUGUCUGUUACACCUAUCCAUGUUUAGAGAAGAGAACUAAAUAACCGCAAACUAAGACAUGCUGUGUAUUGGUUUUGAGAUAGCUUUCUACUUGCUGUAUAUUCGUUUGAGGUUUUCUAGUUAGAAUUUCCAUUUCAGCUGUGGAAACGUGAGCUAUGUGAAUUCUUUCUAGUUUCCUUUUUUAUUUUACCUAUUUUUAACUGAUUUCCUAAUUAAUUACAAGAAAAUGAAAACUUACUUUCACAUUUGAAUGGUCAUCUUGCCUUGCUCUUUGGAAAACGAUGAUCAUUGUCCCGGAAGUGAAACGGCCUCCGUUCUCUGCGGCUGCGAUAGGCGCACAGUGACGAGUAAAGAUCUCAUCGCAGUGUACGAGAGAGUCAAAAACACAUGCUAGUGUUGCAUGUCUUGAUGUGUUUUUGUUUGUUGGUUUACUUAAAGAACUAAUGAAUCUGUAUAUUGUAAAAUGUGGUGUUUUACAUGUCAAUUCAAUUUUUAAUGAAAGAAAAUCUGUUGAUUAUUAAAAUGGAAACGUGUAGCUUUUCUUUAGUUUUCAUAUAUGUUCUUCUUGACUUUUUUUACACCACCCAUUUUUUAUGUUUUUGCUAAAACUCUAUUUAUAUAAUAUAGGGUGCAUAUAAAAGUUUUCGUUGAUGAUGUCACUCUUCUGGUCUCACUCCCCUUCCCUUUUUUCUGAGUCUAUGUACCGAGAACUUGUAAAGCAUAUCAUUAUAACCCUAAGGAAGUGAUUUAAAGGUUUACAUUUUCAUGAUUUUAAAAUACCAAUGAAAUGUAACUUUUAAAAUUUCUCACUGCAUGUUUUUUUAGUCAGAACCAAGAAAUUCAGAUUAUACAAUUAAAUUACAGAUCUGGUGGACUAUCGAUACAACUUAAAAAUGACUUAUCAAAUAAGCCAAAUAAAAAGCUUUGUGAAAGAGGUCUACAUACACAGGAGUCCUGAUUUGCCUGAGUGUAGACCAGGAGAUGCUGUAUCCUGUCGGCAUUUGGGGAGGGCAUGGAAAGACCCUGGGGCGUUGGUGUACUGUGCACCAAUUUCCUUGUCAGCUGUCACUCAGCACCCUCACAUCACGAGAACAGCAUAAUGCAAGUCUCUUUUCAGGCCUUUAGACUGAACUGGCUUUCUGAUAGAUGCUACCUGUCUGCAUGCAAGUGGAGGCCUAUAUACAAGGUAGAUACUUAUCUAUGCUUGGGAGAAAAAAACAGUGAGUCUUCCUCCACUGGAAGAGUAUAUAAAAACGUCCCCUGGCUGCUUAAUUCCAAAUACCCAACUUUCUUCUUCUAAACACAUUGAUAGGGAGCAAGAGCUGGUGGGUUUCCUGUGAAUUAAUAUUAAGCACUCACUAAAAGAAAGUAAUAUUCCCAUUCUUUAUUCAGAACCCCUGGCAUGUAAAUUGUACAAUUAAUCCUAAUGCAUAUAAAGUCUUUAAGCUGAUAGUAUCUGUAAUCAAAUAAUGAAAAAAGGAAAGUGGUUAAAUGAACACACCAUUCAGGGUCAGAUAUGUUCAGCACAAAGCUGUAGUGGGUCUUUGAUCAUGGUGAUAUCAAACAGUUGGUUCUCAUGUAACAGCUAAAUGUUUCCGAUUUUGUUUUUAUUACAUUUGGCAGUUUCACACUGAGAUCUGUAUUCCUAGUGAAUAGAAGACAGCUACUAUGUAAGGAGGGAUUCCAUUUUCACAACUGCAAGGAAGUCAGAGAUGUUUCAGGAACAUGGGCCACAAAAUGUACUCCUUUCACAGUGUUCUCCUAUUCUGAACUGUGCAGUUAUCUAUUAAAUUUUCUAAUAGAUAUUUGUGUAAGGUGUAUGUAUGCUUGUGCAAUUAUAAAAAAGCAGUUUUGGAAAACAGUGUAUUUAUUAAAGAAAAUUACUUAUGGGGCAUGUACAAAACUGUAAAAAAAAAAACUUUAAAAAACACAUUUGAUUUGCCCAGUAAAGUUGUUUUUGUGAAAUUUAUGUGUUGUUGAAUAAAGGACUUUAGUACUCAAAA